AUGAUCAUAAUUGGACAGUACGUUGAUUCAUAUAUAACGUGGUGCGCUAUUAGCGAUCUCUCCAGAUGGAUCGUUGCACCCGCUGCCGGCGCCGGGCACAUUCUGCUGGCGAUUAACCGCAUCUGGGCGGUGACCUUUCCACAGUCCUACCGCCUCAAAUAUAACCGGAUCCUGGCCAUGCUGUCGUGUGUGCUGAUGCACAUCAUCGUGGAUGUGCGCUACCUGUCCACGGCCAUCUUGGCGGUUAUAUUCGGAUCGCUGCCAUAUGUCAUGAUAAUGCGCCGGAUCCAAGUCCGUCGUAUCGUCUCCGUAACAUCGCAUUCCUCAUCUACGUCCAGACAACUGGCCAAAGGGACCCACCGGAUUUACAUUGCAUCCACCGUUGCGUUGUUCCUUGGAUGGUCGCCGGCAGCGAUCGAUACAGUGUUGUAUCCAACUUGGACUGUUGCCCAGGAGGCCACUACAUACACAAAUUAG